UAGUAGAUGGCGUAUCGAAGAGGACGAGCUACUUUGUGACGAUUACGAUGAAGAAAACGCGUCGAUAGAAAUCAAAGCGGAACCUCCCAGUCCACCGAGGAGCACCACAAGACCUACAAAACGAUCUAAGAGACUACAAUCUCCUUGCACUCUCCCUGAAGAGCCUGAUCACUCAGAUAGAACGACUAGGAUCGUUAAAUUCGCUAGCAAUCCGUACGGAGAACGGGCUUAUGAGCAAUUCGGCAGAUACUUAGUUUCAGAGCUACGGCUGUUGCCCGAACGUCAGGCAAUCUUGUUACAGCAAGAAAUGCAAGCAUCUCUUACUCGAGUGAAAUUGUCUUGUUUAGAUGGAGAAAGUCCAGACGGACAUUUUCGUUUUGCCAAUCAAUAGAGAGAUUGACCAAUUCACAGAUGAGAGUUACGCAAAAUGUAAUUUAUGUGGAUCUAAGUUGUCAUACAAGACAACUACAACAAAUUUAAAAAGACAUAUGGAAGUAAAACAUCCCGAAGUUUCAUUAAUUGUUGAUAAAGGAUGGUCUGCAAUAUCGAAUACUCCGACGCAGUCAGUUCCCUUUCCCAAGGAAAAUAGUGAAACAGAAGAUGGUGAAAUCGAUGAGGAUGAGAUCCACUUCGAAGUCCCGCCAUGUGAUAUCAAAGAAGAAGACGACAUUUCACCUGAUACUAUUGAACCGUCUUGCCCGCCCGUCAGAAAUCAUAAAAGACCGUCAUCAGUACGGUCAUCAUCAGUCGCGCAAGAGGAAAGGCCAGGUGAAAAUCCAUUUGAUUUUUUUGGAAAGUAUGUGGCUGCGGAAUUACACCACUUACCCGAACGGCAAGCCAUUCUAGUUCAGCAAGAAUUACAGAAUUGCAUUACCAAAGCCAGAUUGGCAUGUUUGGACUAAAAAUCAAAUUCUCUCAAAUCUACAUGUAAGAAUUCAAACGAUGCAGUUUUUAACGAUUGUAAAAAUUCAGAUUAAUAAAAAUGUGUUUGAUUGUGUUGUGAUGUAAAACUAGUAAAUAAAUAGACUAUAAAGACUA